AUAAUAUCUGACUCAAGGUUGGUAGUAGAUGGUAUGACAAAAUGGCUAAAGCAUUGGGAAGAUAUUGCAUGGCUAAAUGUUGAUAACAAAGAGUUAUGGAUGAACAUAGCAAAUGAUAUAAGGAAACAACCGUACUCAACGGCCUUUAAAUGGAUAAAAGGACAUGUUGGGAUACAUGGAAAUGAAGAAGCUGAUAAAUUAGCAGAUGAAGGAGCCAACAAACCAGGUCCUGCUGAUAAUCUGAAUCUCCAACAAGAACAUGAACUAAAGUACGUUCACAAAAGUGCAAGAUUACAAGCCUUGACGCAAAAAUAUGCAUAUGAACUAAUAAGACAAUGGAAUACAAAGAAGCCAAGAAACAAAAAAAAGGAGCUAAACAUUAAAACUGCCCAAAAGGCAGUAAGGGACUACACAAGUCUAAAACCAAGAGAGCAAGACAUAUGGAUGGGUCUUCAACUCAAAGAAAUCCCAAACAUUAUCAGUGAUUUCAUAUGGAAAAUAAUCCACGACAGGAUUAAAUGCGGAAACUACUUUGCAAACAUGUCAUCUCCUGAAUGGAAGGAGAAACAGUACUGCGAAUGUGGAAAGAUUGAAACAAUAGAACACAUACUACUGAAGUGCAAACUAAACAAAGCCAGAACGACCUGGAAAGCACUUGAAGCCACAUGGAAAAACAUAGAUAAUAAAGGUUAUAAACUACCCAAAAUAACAAUGGGAAUAAUAAUGGGU